CUAGAAACUGCAGUGGCCAUCAAAACUGAAGUCAACUUACACUAAUAAGUAUCAAAAAUAGAAACACUUGAAAUAUGUCUACGGAAACCUUCUUCAUAAAGAAUACUGAUAUGCCUGAAGAAAUGAGAAAGGAUAUCGUACGUAUCUGUCUCGAAGCUGUAAAACAACAUAAAAUUGAGAAAGAUAUUGCUGGUCAUAUCAAGAAAGAAUGUGAUCAAAAACAUUUACCUUCUUGGCAAUGUAUUGUUGGAAAAAAAUUUGGAAGUUUCGUUACACACGAAUCAGGCUAUUUCGUGUAUAUGUAUGCGGGUAAUCAUGCUAUCUUACUUUUUAAAGCUGGUGGUUAUGGUUUGGCACCACUGUGAAUAAACAUGUUAUAGACUGUAAAUGAUAAUAGUGUAAAAGAAUAAGAGUUUUCAAUAAGAUUAAACGAUAUUUACCCUUUGUGGCUAGAACUUCAAACGAUAUGACUUCUGUUUUCUACUUUGAUUCACAUGUAAUUGACAAAUAAACGCUUACAUAAAA